CUUCCCCCAGUCAGAGCGGAGCGAGCCGAGGCAGAGACGAAGAAACAAGAUGGCGGCCGGUAGCGAUCCGGAGCGGGACGCCGGCAAUUCGGAUUGAUCCCCCGGCCCUCGCAGUUCGGCGGCCCCCCUCCCCGGCCCGGAACCCUCGCAGGGGGGGGAGCUUCCCCGCAGCUGCCUGUCCGGACUCCGAGCGCCCUCCCCAGCCUUCCCUGCCCCUCCCUUCCCCCCUCGGCCAGCGCCCAGAGAUGCGGGGCCGGCGAGGCAGGCCGCCCAAGCAGCAGCAGCCUGCGGCGGCCACCGCUCAGGCGAGCUCCCCGGCUCCGCCCGCCCCACCGGGCCCCAUUGGGGGGCUGAGGUCCCGGCAGCGGGGUAGCAGUCGGGGCAGGUGGGCGGCCUCGGCCCAGGUGGAGGCGGUGGGGCCCAGGCCGAGGGGGGCCGGGACUGCUCAGGCCUCUUCCUCCUCCACCGCCUCCCCCAGAGGGGGCAGCAAGAGGAAGGGAGGCAGCGGCAGCAGCAGCACCCCUGGUGGUGGAGGCAGCAGCAGUAGGGGCAGGGGCCGGGCUGGGGCUGGAGGAGCAGGGGGAGGAGGCGCAGGAGGCAGCUGCAGCAGCCAAGGCAGGGCUGCCUCGUCCAGGAGGAGCAUCAGCAAAGUGGUGUACGAUGAUCAUGAGAGUGAAGAGGAGGAGGAGAGCGUGGUGUCCGAAGAGGAAGAGGAGGGGGACCCCGAGGAUAACCAGGACUCCGAGGAGCAGGAGGAAGAGGAGAUCAUGGAGGAAGACGACGACGACGACUCCGAUUACCCCGAGGAGAUGGAGGAUGAAGAUGAUGCCAGCUAUUGCACUGAGAGCAGCUUCAGGAGCCACAGCACCUACAGCAGCACCCCAGGUAGAAGAAGACAAAGAGUGCAUCGUCCACGUUCUCCAAUAUUGGAAGAAAAAGACAUACCACUCCUUGAGUUUCCUAAAUCCUCUGAGGACUUAAUGGUGCCUAAUGAGCAUAUAAUGAAUGUUAUUGCCAUCUAUGAGGUACUACGGAACUUUGGCACUGUUUUACGCCUGUCUCCUUUUCGUUUUGAGGACUUCUGUGCUGCUCUGGUAAGUCAAGAGCAAUGCACACUUAUGGCAGAGAUGCAUAUAGUGCUUUUAAAAGCAGUUUUACGAGAAGAAGACACUUCAAAUACUACCUUUGGACCUGCUGACCUCAAAGAUAGCGUUAAUUCCACUUUGUAUUUCAUAGAUGGAAUGACGUGGCCAGAGGUUCUGCGGGUAUAUUGUGAGAGUGACAAGGAAUACCAUCAUGUUCUUCCUUAUCAAGAGGCAGAGGACUAUCCUUAUGGACCAGUAGAGAGUAAAAUCAAAGUUCUACAGUUCUUAGUAGAUCAGUUUCUUACAACAAACAUUGCACGUGAGGAGCUAAUGUCUGAAGGUGUUAUCCAGUAUGAUGAUCACUGUAGGGUUUGUCACAAACUGGGGGAUUUGCUUUGCUGUGAAACUUGCUCAGCUGUGUACCAUUUAGAGUGUGUGAAACCACCUCUUGAAGAGGUACCAGAGGACGAAUGGCAGUGUGAGGUCUGUGUAGCGCAUAAGGUGCCUGGUGUAACUGACUGUGUUGCUGAAAUCCAAAAAAAUAAACCAUACAUUCGACAUGAACCCAUUGGAUACGACAGAAACAGACGGAAAUAUUGGUUCCUGAACAGAAGACUUAUUAUAGAGGAAGAUUCAGACAAUGAGAAGGAUAAGAAACUCUGGUACUAUAGCACAAAGGUCCAGCUGGCACAGUUAAUUGAAUGCCUAGACAAAGAUUACUGGGAAGCUGAUCUUUGCAAAACUCUUGAAGAAAUGUGCCAAGAAAUUCAUCGGCAUAUGGAUAUCACGGAAGACCUUACUAACAAAGCACGGGGCAACAACAAAUCUUUCCUUGCUGCAGCAAAUGAUGAAAUAUUGGACGCUAUUAGAAUAAAAAAAGGAGAAAUAGUGGAGGAUAAAAGUCAAGCAGCUGAGGAAACAGAUAAGGACAAAAAUGAUGUUGAAAAUAAUGACCAAACAGAUACUGAAAAAAGCAAGGAAGAACCUGCAGACCAACUACAGGAAAAAAAUGAAGAAACACCACCUGAACAAGAUUCAGAAAACGGAAAAACAGAAGAGCCAACAGACGUUGGGGAUAAAAGUAACUCUGUGGCACCAAGCACAGACGGCAGCACCACAAAUCCUUCUGCAGGAGAAACUAGUUCCUCUGAAGGGAAGAACGCAAUGGGGUGUCAGUCAGAAACCUUUGAUAGCAACAAUGUGGCAGAGAAGAAGGUGGCAUCAGAGCUCCCCCAGGAUCUCUCAGAAGAAACUGGUCAGAUGACCCCCAGCAUCAGUCCUAGUGCAUCAGCUGCACCCCUCCAGUCUGUCGAAAACAGCAACAGCAGCGAGCUAAAUUCUAUGCAGAAUGACUCUAUUAAGACAUCUGAUGAUGCUGAAAAUGCAGAAGGAGGAUCCCAGACCUCAGAAGAAAUAGGGGAGAAAUCCAACGGUGAAAGAAGUGAAUCUCCAUGCACAGGAAAAGGCGCAUCAGGCUCGACACGGAUGCUUACCCGAUUGCGAAAUCCAGAUAGCAAGCUGAGCCAGAUGAAAAGCCAGCAGGUUGCUGCAGCAGCACACGAAGCAAAUAAAUUAUUUAAAGAAGGCAGAGAGGUUCUGGUGGUUAACUCCCAAGGGGAAAUCUCCCGGUUGAACACCAAGAAAGAAAUCGUGAUGAAAGGAAACAUCAGUAAUUAUUUCAAGUUAGGUCAAGAGGGGAAGUAUCGUGUCUAUCACAACCAGUAUGCCACCAACUCAUUUGCAUUGAACAAACACCAGCACAGAGAAGACCAUGACAAGAGACGGCACCUUGCACAUAAAUUCUGUCUGACUCCUGCUGGAGAGUUCAAAUGGAAUGGGUCUGUACAUGGGUCCAAGGUUCUUACCAUAUCUACGCUGAGGCUAACUAUCAUUCAGCUAGAGAGCAACAUCCCUGCAUCAUUCCUUCACCCCAACUGGGCCUCCCACAGGUCUAACUGGAUUAAGGCUGUUCAAAUGUGUAGCAAACCUAGAGAAUUUGCACUAGCUUUGGCUAUAUUGGAGUGUGCAAUUAAACCAGUUGUCAUGCUGCCAAUUUGGCGGGAGUCGUUGGGGCACACUAGAUUACACAGAAUGACAGCUAUUGAAAGAGAAGAAAAGGAGAAGGUGAAAAAAAAAGAGAGGAAACAAGAGGAGGAAGAAACAAUGCAACAGGCUACAUGGGUGAAAUAUACUUUUCCUAUCAAACAUCAGGUUUGGAAACAAAAAGGAGAGGAAUAUAGAGUAACAGGAUAUGGUGGUUGGAGCUGGAUUAGUAAAACACAUGUUCAUAGGUUUGUGCCUAAAUUACCUGGAAAUACUAAUGUCAAUUACAGAAAAGUGCUACCAACAAAGAAUGAUGGUACCACUGAAAAUGAGUGUGAAUUGGAUAAAAGAAAAAGUCCAGCAAAAGUAAAAAUAGAGACUGAUUCUUCUAAAGAAAGAAAAAAAGAUUCUCAUGAUCCACAAGAGAAGGACCAAAAGGAAAUAGAAAUUUCUGAAACCUUGGAGAGAGUCCAAGUAAAGGAAGAAAACAAAAUGAGUGAAGAAAAGGUGGAAAUUGAUAUGAAUUCUGAAAACUUAGAUCAUGCAAAAGCUGAAGUGGAAAGAGAAGUUGAUUGUGAAAAUAGAGCCAUCAAGGAAGAACCCAUGGAGAUAGAUGAUGUAAAAAUUGAAUCCCCCACAAAAAAUGAGGAUAUUCACUCUAAAGCAGAUUUAAUCAAUGUCAGCGAGGGGUUUCACUUAAGGACUUGCUACAAAAGAAAAGUAAAAACAUCAAAAUUAGAUGGACUACUUGAAAGGAGAGUAAAACAGUUUACGCUGGAAGAAAAACAGCGCCUAGAAAGGAUGAAGCUGGAGGCUAGUUCUAAACCUGUAGGCAGUAGAUCUGUGAGUCCACAGAAAAACAUAGAUGAGCCACAAACAACUAAAGCAAAAGAAGGAAGCCAGAUACACAUGUCUCCCCAAGACAGAACCCAUAUUUCAGGUAAGAUCCAAACUGAAGAUUCAGUACAGGACUGCUUGCCAACCAGCAGUACACCUUGUACCAAAACCUGUGAACCAGACCAGCCUUCUUUGCCUUCCAUAGACAGACUGUCAAAAAGAGAAGGCCAAGUACUGGAUGAUGCCUCUGAAAUUCAAAGUUCAGUUCAGAACAUCACUAAAGAAGGUGAUUCUGAACCAAUCACUACUGAUAAUAGUCCAGGACAAGAGGUUCUUAAAAAGAGAGAGAGUGAGAAUCCCCUCAUGGAUGACUUAAAACAAACACACACAGAAGAUAUAAGCAAGAGUGGCACCUUAAACCAUGAAAAAUCUUCAGAACAAAAAAUAUUUAAUACCACAGUGUCUCAGAGUGAAUGUGAAAACCCAUUACAGCCAGUGGUAACUGAAAGCAGCUGUGAAACAGAUGUUCAGCCCAUUGCUGAAAAAGCAACCUCAGAAGAAAAACCUGAAAAACAGGUCUGUGACCCAGAAAAUAAUUGCAUGCUGAAAAGCCAUUCUGAACCAGUGUCCCCACAAGAAAAUGAGGGAAAAGAUAUGGCUCAGAAAAACACAGAUGUUAAAACAGAAAACAAGAUUUUAUUUGAUCAGAAACAAUCGUUAAAAAACGAGCUAACUUUAGAAAAAACACCUGAAAGCCAAACUCCUGAACACAUGGGUGGAGUAAAUGUUAGUGGUGAUUUAUUGAAUUCUAAAGUCACUGAAGCCAAUGGUGAAAAGCAAGAUGAACAGAAAAUGGAAGCAAGUACCAUAAACAAAUGUCUUGAUCAGCUGAAUCUAAAAAGUAUCACUGACAAAAAGAACAAUAAACAUGGAGAAAUAGAGACUAAAGUGGAGAGAGAGAAAUCGGUGGCAUUUCAAAUUAAUGGAAAAGACAUUAAGGUAUUGUCAAAUGAAGAAUGCUUAAUGAAAGAUACCUGUGAUACUAAGGCAGGGAGUGAUAUUGAACCUAAAGUCAAUAAUAUUAGUAAAUCCAUUCCUGAACAUGAAAUAAAACCAUUGACUAUUAAAGAAUCCUCUGUAAAACCAUUCAUGAAUGGUGAUAUCACUAUGGAGGAUACAGAUUUAAAAAAUAACUUGGAUACUAAAUCAUGUUUUCAAAGUUCUGCAGAGAUUGGUGGUGAGUCUGGAGAGUAUCCUCUGCUUCCAGAUAAAAUGUCCAAGUGUGUGCAAAAUAUUGGAGAAAAGCAGCAUUCUCUUGAAAGAUCCAGCUCUGUUGAUAGUGCUUCUACGCAAGCACAGCUUUCCUGUAAAGAAAACAAUGUGAUUAGUGAAGUAGAAUCCAUGGAAACAGAAGCCAUUGAGGGUAAGGAAGUUGCACCCUCACCAGUAACUUCUUGUGAGGAAUCUAGCUUGAGUAGUGACUUUACUGAUCAGAAUGGCCUGCAGAUGUAUAAUAAAGUCGAAAAUAUCAAUGGAGAAAAUAAAACAAAAAAUAAAACUGUUAUUACAGAAGUGACCACCACAACGUCAACUGUUUCCACAGAAUCCAAAACGGUGUUUAAAGUAGCAGAGUUGUCCGCCUUCAAGGAUGAUAAACAAACCAUGGUGUCAUCUACAGAAAAUUGUGCCAUUUCCACUGUAACUACCACCACCACUGUAACUAAGCUUACCGCACCUGCUGCAGACAGCAAUGUUGAUGUCAUCUCUGUACAGGAGCACAGUAAAACGGUGAUUACUACAACAGUAACUGAUUCAUUAACUAUUCCAGGAGGCACAUUGGUGACUUCCAUGACUGUGAGCAAAGAAUAUUCCACAAGGGACAAAGUGAAGUUAAUGAAAUUUUCGAGACCCAAAAAGACUCGUUCUGGAACAGCCCUGCCAUCUUACAGAAAAUUUGUUACCAAAAGCAGUAAAAAGAGUAUAUUUGUUUUACCCAAUGAUGAUUUAAAAAAGUUGGCCAGAAGAGGAGGGAUCAGAGAGGUUCCCUAUUUCAACUACAAUGCAAAACCUGCCAUGGAUAUUUGGCCGUAUCCAUCCCCAAGACCAACUUUUGGUAUCACUUGGAGAUAUCGACUUCAAACCGUGAAAUCAUUGGCUGGGGUGAGCCUUAUGUUGCGGUUACUCUGGGCAUGUUUAAGGUGGGAUGAUAUGGCUGCAAAACCCCCACCUGGGGGAGGAACUACACGCACAGAAACAUCUGAAACUGAAAUUACAACAACUGAAAUAAUCAAACGGAGAGAUGUUGGUCCUUAUGGAAUUCGUUCAGAGUACUGUAUAAGAAAAAUCAUUUGCCCUAUUGGUGUACCAGAGGCUCCAAAAGAAACUCCUACACCUCAGAGGAAAGGCCUUCGAUCAAGUGCAUUGAGGCCAAAGAGGCCAGAAACACCCAAGCAGACAGGCCCUGUUAUCAUUGAAAGUUGGGUAGCAGAGGAGGAAUUGGAAUUAUGGGAGAUCAGGGCAUUUGCUGAAAGGGUGGAGAAAGAAAAGGCACAGGCAGUUGAGCAGCAGGCUAAGAAGCGACUGGAACAACAGAAGCAGUUACCUACAACAGCCACUACAGUCACUACAGCAAGCAGUACUGCAACCACUGCCUCAACUCCACAGAAGGUUGUGGUAGGCCCAUUAACAGGCCCAGUUCCUACUGGAACCAAAGUAGUGCUUACUACUAAAGUGGGCUCUCCAGCUACGGUAACAUUCCAGCAGAACAAGAACUUCCAUCAGACUUUCGCUACCUGGGUUAAACAAGGCCAGUCCUCGGCAGCUACCAGCACAGCUGCUACAUCAGCUACAACCAUUGCCAGCACAGGUCAGACGUUCCAGAUUGCAGGCACUCCAGUAACUAUGGCAGGCAAAGUGAUAACAAAGUUGCCUCUUCCAGCAAACAGCAAGAUUGUUGCCGUCAAUGUGCCAUCAACCCAAGGAGGUGUUGUUCAAGUUCAGCAAAAAGUGUUGGGUAUCAUUCCAUCAACUACAGGUGCAAAUCAACAAACAUUUACUUCAUUCCAGCCAAGGACAGCGACUGUAACUAUUAGGCCAAAUACCACAGGGACUCUAGGUACAACAUGUACUUCACAAAUAAUGCCAGGAACACCGCUCCGCCCAGGUAUGACAGUAAUACGGACACCACUUCAGCCAUCAACAUUAGGAAAGGCCAUUAUUCGAACACCUGUAGUGGUGCAGCAAGGUCAGACUCAACAGGUGGUGACUCAGAUAAUUAGAGGUCAGCCUGUCUCAACUGCAGUUUCUAAUGCUAGCACAACUUCAAGUCCUGGACAAAAGGUAACAACAGCUCCAGGAACACCUCCACAGAAUAUACAACCACAAACCACAACACCGCAGCCCACUCGUCCCCAGCAAGGGCAAGUGAAACUUACUAUGGCCCAACUCACGCAGCUAACUCAAGGACAGCGGGGUAAUCAGGGAUUGACUGUGGUAAUUCAGGGACAGGGUCAAACUACUGGCCAGUUACAGUUGAUACCUCAGGGUGUGACUGUAAUACCAGGUCCAGGACAACAGCUAAUGCAAGCGGCUAUGCCGAAUGGUACAAUUCAAAGAUUCCUUUUCACUCCAUUAUCAUCAUCUGCUACAACAGCUAGCACAGCUACUACGACAGUUUCCACUUCGACAUCAGCUACGGGAGAACAGAAACAAGCCUCACAAACACAGACACAACCAGUGCUGCCACCAAUUCAGCCCCACCCUCACAGUCAAUUGCAAGCUCAGCCACAGGUGCAGACCCCGAGUAUUCAGCCUCAGCCCCCAGCCCAGCCACAAACUACUCAGCCCUCACUUCAGCCUGAAGAUCAGACACAGCCUGAAUCUCAGUCUCCAACGUCAGCUCAGUCUCCAGUCCGAUCUGAAGCACAAACUGUCGUGGCACAACCAACUAAAACUCCAGUUACAGUUCAGUCUCCGCCACAGACCCAGGUUCAAGGCCUGUCUCAAAUUCAAAUCCAGAAUCAACCACAGACUAUCAUCCAUCCACAAGCUCAGUCCCAAGUCCAAGCUCCGCAGCAAGCUCAGGUGCAGACCACAACCCAGCAACAGAUACAAAUACAACCCCAAGCUUCUCUACAAAUACAAACUCAACUGCAGCAGCAGUCGCAACCCCAGAUUCAGACUUCCCUUCAGACUCUUCCAGCUGCUCAAAAUUUAAAUCAAAUUGCUGUACAAUCGCCAUCUCGCCCUCAACUGCAGAUCCAGCAGCCUACAACAAAAGUUAUUACCGUACCUCAGCUUCAGCAGCAAGUCCAAGUUCUCUCCCAACUUCAGUCUCAUGUUGUAGCUCAGAUACAGGCCCAGCAGGGUGGUGUGCCCCAGCAGAUUAAGCUUCAGUUACCUAUUCAGAUUCAACAAGCCAGCCCAGUGCAGGCUCACCAGAUUCAGAAUGUGGUAACAGUUCAGGCAGCUAGUGUUCAAGAGCAGCUGCAAAGGGUUCAGCAGCUCAGGGAGCAACAGCAAAAGAAAAAGCAGCAACAGAUAGAAAUUAAACGUGAACACACUCUUCAGGCUUCUAAUCAAAGUGACAUUAUCCAAAAACAGGUGGUGAUGAAACACAAUGCUGUAAUAGAACACUUGAAACAGAAAAAGACACUGACCCCGGCUGAACGAGAAGAAAAUCAGAGAAUGAUAGUGUGUAAUCAGGUGAUGAAGUAUAUUUUGGAUAAGAUAGAUAAAGAAGAAAAACAGGCAGCUAAGAAACGGAAGCGAGAAGAGAGUGUGGAACAGAAGCGUAGUAAACAGAAUGCUACCAAGCUCUCAGCUCUGCUUUUCAAACAUAAAGAACAGCUUAAAGCGGAAAUACUGAAAAAAAGAGCACUUCUGGACAAAGAUCUACAAAUCGAAGUUCAGGAAGAGCUAAAGAAAGACUUGACUAAAAUUAAGAAAGAAAAAGAAAAAGCACAGGCAGCGGCUGCUGCCGCUGCUGCUGCCGCUGCCGCAGCCGCUGCUGCGGCAGCAGCAACACCACCUCCACCUCCACCUCCUCCUCCACCACCACCACCAUCACAGCAUGCCACCAGCGUCACAUCUGCCACCACAGUCCCAGCGCCAGUAUCUUCCCAGAAGAGAAAACGAGAGGAGGAGAAAGAUUCUUCAGCUUCCAAGUCCAAGAAAAAGAAAAUGAUUUCUACUACCUCAAAGGAAACCAAGAAGGACACAAAGCUUUAUUGCAUCUGUAAAACACCUUAUGAUGAAUCAAAAUUUUACAUUGGCUGUGACCGAUGUCAGAACUGGUAUCACGGGCGCUGUGUUGGUAUUUUGCAAAGUGAGGCAGAUCUCAUUGAUGAGUAUGUCUGUCCACAGUGUCAGUCGACAGAAGAUGCCAUGACAGUACUCAGUCCACUGACUGAUAAAGAUUAUGAGGGAUUACGAAGAGUACUACGUUCCUUACAGGCCCACAAGAUGGCAUGGCCCUUCCUAGAACCAGUAGAUCCCAAUGAUGCACCAGAUUAUUAUGGUGUUAUCAAAGAGCCUAUGGACCUUGCUACCAUGGAAGAAAGAAUCCUGAAACGUUACUACAAAAAGGUGACAGAGUUUGUGGCAGAUAUGACCAAAAUUUUUGAUAACUGUCGUUACUACAAUCCAAGUGACUCCCCUUUUUACCAAUGUGCAGAGGUUCUUGAAUCAUUCUUUGUACAGAAGCUAAAAGGAUUCAAGGCAAGCAGGUCUCAUAACAACAAACUGCAGUCUACAGCUUCUUAGAGUUCAGCGUGUUAACCUAACACACACACAGCAAGAAUCUGGUUGUCUGAAAUUUUUAAUUAAGAAGCCAGAUGGUUUUUAGUCAGGUUAUCCUGACAAGACUUGAUGUAAACUGUGUUUUUAUUGGUCACAGCAGUCAAAUUAUAUUCUUGGCUUAUUUUGUCCAAAGGACAAAGGAAUAAAAAUCAGCAGCACCACUUUCUUGUCAAGAUCAAAUUGUUGUACUAUUGUGGCAGAAAUGAGAAAACUUUGUUUUGUUGGCGAGAGAGAGAGCAAGCAAGCAAGAAAAAAGAUACAGUAAAUGGGGUCAAGUUUAACUCCAUGGAAAUGCCACGUCUGUUCUUCAGUGAAGAAGCUGGUUUAAAGUCCACACAGAAAACUUUGACUGUAUUUAUUUAUUGUUGCAAAAAAGGACGCUUUUUUAUUGCUGCCCUCAUUUGUCAGCUAAUUAUUUUUUCUUAUAAAAUCCGGCCCCGGUUACAUGUAAUCCAUUCUGUAUCUUAACAUGAUUCCUGUAGGUAAAAGUACAAGAAGACCUCUAGAUGUCUUUUCUUUCUAUGAAAGGAGCUGCUAUGUACACAUGUGCACACAAAAAAACUGGGAAUCAACAAUGAGUUUAUCAUUCGUGGUAGAGAAAAAGGAUUAAGCUUGCAUAAAAGUUGGGCUAAGUGGUCACAGACUACAGACUCUGUUGCCUUGAAUAUAACAGUACAAUUUGUCAUUUACUCUGCACCAGACUGAAAUGAGUAAAAUCUAUUUGAAGGUAUCUUGUUUGUAAACAUUUGUCAGAUUCUAAUUUUUUUCUUUUUGUAUUAAAAUUCAAAACAUGGAUGUAUAAUGAAACAAAAUAAAUGGAGAUAAUUUUUCUCCCCACA